AUGUCGAGCGUGGGAUACAAGGCAGUGAAGCUGACGGCGGAGGGUCAGGACUGGCAGGCCUGGGACAAGGCUGGCCGUCUCUACGUGGUCCCGCUCAAGAAGGAGGAGCACAACGAGACCGCGUUCGUAGGCAAGCGCCGCGCGGAUCGAGUAGUGGUCAAGAACAUCACUGGCCUCGACGGCAGCGAGGUCCCCACGUCCCUCAUCGGUCGCAGCGACCACGCGUGGGACUUUGUCUACGAGAAGGGCGCGACGGUGCAGCUCUCGCAGAAGGAGCGGGACGGGUACGACACGAUGAAGGAGUUCAACGACCCGGCCCACCCGUGCUGCACCGGCAUCCACUACUUCGAGACCAGGGAGGGCGCCGUCAAGCUGGCCUCCUUCUGGCAGAACAUCCACUCCAUCUAA